UUUUGUGGACGCUAUGUUAUUUCGGAAAAGCGGUGUGAAUAGUACACCGAGCUUUGCAAGCUAGUUUAAAUUAAAGGUAAUAACGGCCAUUCUCAAUCAGGGAGCAAUAGUGUGUGUGUGUGUGUGAGAGGAAAAUGUCACUCUCGACUGCGCGCUCUUUUCUAUCGGAGGCCGGCUAUGGAGAACAGGAGUUAGAUGCUAAUUCGGCUCUUAUGGAGCUGGACAAAGGCCUGAGAUCAUGCAAACUUGGGGAACAGUGUGAAGCUGUGGUCCUCUUUCCCAAACUCUUCCAGAAAUAUCCCUUCCCCAUCCUUAUCAACUCUGCCUUCCUGAAACUUGCGGACAUUUUCAGACUCGGAAACAAUUUCCUCCGGCUGUGUGUGCUGAAGGUGACCCAGCAGAGUGAGAAGCACCUGGAGAAGAUCCUGAAUGUCGACGAGUUUGUCAAAAGAGUCUUCUCUGUUAUCCACAGUAACGAUCCCGUAGCCAGAGCCAUCACACUCAGAAUGCUGGGCAGCCUGGCGUCUAUCAUCCCUGAAAGGAAAAACGCCCAUCACAGCAUUCGCCAGAGCCUUGACUCACACGACAAUGUGGAAGUGGAGGCCGCCAUCUUUGCAGCAGCCAGUUUCUCGUCCCAUUCAAAAGAUUUUGCAGCAGGGAUUUGCAACAAGAUCAGUGAAAUGAUUCAAGGCCUGGCUACUCCAGUGGAACUGAAGCUGAAGCUGAUCCCCAUGCUCCAGUACAUGCACCACGAUGCAGCCUUGGCCUCCCGAAGUAGGGAGCUGCUGCAGGAGCUCGUAUCUUCGUACCCCUCCACGCCCAUGGUGAUCGUUACACUGCACACCUUCACGCAGCUUUCCCUCUCUGCUCUCAUCCACAUCCCCAAACAGAUUGAUUUGCUUCUGCAGUAUCUGAAAGAAGACCCGAGAAAAGCGGUGAAAAAACUCGCCAUUCAGGACCUGAAACUCCUGGCUAAGAAAGCUCCUCACAUGUGGAGCAAAAAGAACAUACAGACGUUGUGUGAGAGUGCCCUCAGCACCCCUUAUGAUGGUCUCAAACUUGGCAUGGCCUCUGUCCUCUCUACACUCUCUGGAACCAUCGCCAUCAAGCAGUACUUCAGCCCUACUACAGGUGAAUCCCCACAAUCUCCUCACCUGACUGACAUUGUGAAGCUAGCGCAGGAUUGCUGUUACCAUAGCAACCUAGCCGUGGCGGCCCACGGCAUAACUGUGCUAGCUAACAUCACCAUCUCCUGCCCUGAGAAAGAUGUUGUGCAGUUGGAGCAGGACACGGUGAUGGGGAUGAAGUCUUUACUGUUGUUGUGCAGUCAGGACGAUAAUGCGUCUGCUCAGACUACGCUGAAAACGGUGCUGGUGUGUUUGGUGAGGAUGUUGAGGGCACGUCCUCUCCUCAGCCAGAUGUGUGUGGAGUUCCUCUUGGCCCAGCUGCAUCACUCCUGUGACUCGGCAUGCAUUGCUAUCUGCCACGCUCUGGCCGCCAUCGUUACUCAGCUGCCCGUGCUGGGGGAGAGCAUGCUGGGAAAUCUACUGGAGCUGUACAGCAGUGCCACUCACAGGAGCUCUGAUAAACAACAGGAACUUUUGGUGUGUUUGGCGACAGUGGUGUUUGUUGCAAGUCAGGCGUCUCUGAGUGCUGAGGUAAAAGCCGUGAUUCGUCCUCAGUUGGAAGCCUCAGCUAAUGGCUGGACCGUCUACCGCAUUGCACGUCAGGCCUCACGUAUGGGCUGCCAUGAAUUCUCCGGCGAGCUGUACCAAAGUCUACGUACACGUGUUGCCUCUGAGCACUUCUACUUCUGGCUGAACGCGCUAAUGGAGUUCUCGCAGGCUGAGCACUGCCUGACCGGCCUGACUGACCGAGACUACAGCGGAGCCAUCAGUGCCAUCACCGAUGCCCUCCAAUCCUACCAGAAAGGCUUCACUUCCCUCACGGCUGCAAGCACCCCCCUGAGUCCUCUGACGUUCCAGUGUGAGUUUGUGAAGCUGCGGAUUGACACGCUGCAGGCUCUGGCCCAGCUUAUCUGCACCUGUAACAGCCUAAAGACAAGUCCUCCACCUGCCAUCGCUGCCAGCAUGGCUUUGUCCUCCGGGAGUGAACUGCAGCGCUGUGGACGCAUUUCCCAGCAGAUGAAGCUCUCCAUGGAUGAAUUCAGGAGUCUUGCCAGUCGCUACGCUGAUUUGUACCAGUCCUCGUUUGAUGCUGAUUCAGCUACACUUAGAAAUGUUGAGCUGCAACAGCAGAGCUGCCUGCUUAUCUCCUAUGUGAUUGAGGCUUUAAUACUCGACCCUCAAACUGCCAGUUUGCAGGAUUUUGGCCCACUGAGUUCAGUUCAAACAGAGAGCAAGUAUGAGCGCAGGAUGCAGUCUGUGUUCAAUCUUGUUCUGGAGGAAGUGGAGUCACUGAGCAGGAAGCACCCUCCUGUGUCUUACCUGCACACUGGCUGUCUGUGUGAUGCUGUCAUCGCUCUGCUCAAAGUCCCACUGUCCUUCCAGAGACAUUUCUUCCAAAAACUGCAGUCAACCAGUAUCAAAUUGGCUCUGUCUCCAUCUCCUCGUACACCCAACGAGCCAAUCCCGGUGCAGAACACGCAGCAGCUCACACUAAAGGUUGAGGGAGUGAUUCAGCAUGGCACCACCCCCGGCCUCUUCCGCAAAAUCCACUCAGUCUGUUUGAACGCCAGCGCCACGCUGCAGUCCAAACCUACUCCCGAUUUCAAGGUUCCUCUCGAGUCCAGGGCCAAUGAGAUCGAGCAGCGGGUGGAGCCUCAUAACGACUACUUCAGCACUCAGUUCCUGCUGAACUUUUCUGUGCCGGGGAACCACAGUGUGACGGUGGAGGCGUGCGUGGUGGACGAGUGCGGGGUGCAGUGGAAAACCGGGCCCAAGAGUACAGUGAGCGUUAAAUCCAUGGAGGAUCCGUUUUCACAACAGCUCCGCCAUCAGCAGGCUGGAGCUCAGGCAGCUCAGCGUAACGUCACCGCUCGUUUCCAGUAGCAUUUCAGAUGCUUGCAUUUGUACUUCAUUCCUCUACCAGAUGUCUGACACUUUGGACUCUUAAGCUAGUAUUUUCUUUACCAGAGUCUCACACUCGAGCCACUUGCGGUCAUGGACCAUACGAGGACUAAACCACAACAGGGAACAUUAAGAGCUACUUCUUUUCUCACCAAUCACAUCUGAGAAUUCAGCAAAUACUAGGAGCAAAAAUGUUGACAUUCCUCUGUAUCAUUUAUACACGAUCGAUUAUUAUGCUGUCUGCUGCUUCAGAGGCUAAAUACUUUUACAUGGAGAACUUUCUCUCCAUCCAGAUCACCCCCUCCCUCAUGUCAAAAUCAUGGGCGCCCUUUUAUGAGGAAAAGAAAUAGGUGAGCAGUUCUCUUACAGAUGAGAACAGACCUAUGAAAGAAGCCCUAUUUCUUUGAUAAUACCGGAUAUCUAAAUGUCGAACUGCAGAUUUGUUAUUAAUAAAAUACAUUUAAAUUGAAAACAUUCACGUUUUACUUGAAACAGCUGAAUGUGAGCCAAGAAAGUAAGGAGAGACUGAAAGUCAAGAAUUUGGCAGAAUUAGUCAUGUACUAAAUGCACUGAUAUCACACACAUGCUUUGUUCUUUCUAUGGUGUUUGAAAUCAUUCGCAUAAAAUGAAGCAAAUCUUAAUCGAAAUAUCGCCUCUUUCUUUCUUGCAGUCUUUCUGUGUCAAAUUUAUUCAAGAAAUGAACUCCAUAACACGGACGAUUAAAUGGUCUGCUGUGAGAGAUGUCGAACCCUUCGAGGCUAAAUCUGAUUUCUUUACAAAGCUCAUGUCAUGAUUUGCUGAAGUUUUUGCAUGGUUACACGCCAAAGCAAAAUGGACACGGGGCUAAUCGGGUUUGUUUAUAUAUAAUCAAUUAUGCCGUCAGAAUAAAUUUUCUCACAGGUAAGAAAAAAGACCUUCCGCUUCAUAUUUGAAAUAUUAUACCUGCCAUGAUGCAGUUCAUUUAGUAAGCUGAGGGCUGAGGAUGGGACCUGGACAAUAUGUUCUGUAGUCUGUGAAGCAGCUGUGGCUCUUUUUUUUUGUGCUUUUCGCAGACUGCUACAUGUACAGUGUAUUCUCCUGCCAGCUGUUAGGUUACUGUACUGCGUGUGUAGAUGACUAAUGACCAGGUAAUCAAGCUUCGGCGAUCUGUAUAGCUUGUGAGAAUGGCGAACAUUGCUGUGCACUCCCAGUUCAUGCCUGCUCCUCUGAAACACCUCAGCUGCCACUUUUUGUGUCUAUUUCAAGCAUAGCAACUGUUCUACAGUCUGCUCCAUAAACAUAAGGCUCAAUACGGAUGAGCACUGUGAUGAAACUGCAGCGAGACUCGACUCGCUUCCACGGUCUGUAUUCUGGCAUCAUGCAAUAUGAGGCACUAUGUGGAUUUGGACGUAGCCACAGUCUGACUCUGAUGUCUCCAAAACACACACACUUCAGAACGUAUACACGUGAAGAUCGUGCGCCGAACAAGUAUCAAGGGAACAAACGUUUUUCUUCUUGUUUUGAAUAUUUAAUAAGCUGGUUCAAGCUUAUUUAGGUCACUGGGUGAUUCUUUGAUUAAAUCACAGAGACACCAUCAUCGAUCAGAAUCGGCUAAUUAGACUGAUUUGAAUACGUCUGAUGCCAAACACACACACUCACACACACACUCGCAGCUUUUU